AAGGAAGUAAACAUAUAAGGUUAAAGGAGGCUGAAGAUCAAUCUUCACUAGAGAUGGAUUAUAUGCUCAUUACUGGUGAAGAAAAUGUAUCUUUGAGGAAAGAUAUCUUGGUAACACGAGAAAGUAAUUUUGCUUCACAGGAAGCUGCAGCAGUAGCAGAACAAAUAGAUUCUCUUGAAACCUUUUCAGCAGACUCCUCAGAUACAUUUCAGUCAAUCUCCAUAAUAAAUGAAAGUGAAGGAAAGUCUGCACUGGAGACUGAAUGGGAUUCUUUUUAUUUAGCAGAGAAAAGUCCUGCUGUUGUGCCUCAAAACCAAAGAGAUGAAAAUAAAUCACCCAAAAGCCCUGUGCAAGAUCAGGAAUGGACUAUGGUGGGCCAAAACGGAGUGGAUGAUAUAUCACCUGAAGAAAGCUGCAGCAGGACAGAUACAAUAGAGUCACUGUCUAAACAUUCUAGUAAAGAAUUAGAAAAUGUUUUAAGCCAGGAAUUGAUCUAUGAGACACAAGCUGAAACUCUGCUAGAAAAAAAUCCUCACAAAUCACUGGAACAAGAGGAUGAAAAUUCUCACAAUAGGACAACAGAUGCUCUUUUAUUGCAAGUUGUUGCUGAUGAUGGUGAACUGGAUGUCCAUUCACAACGGCUUCUUGGCAGUGGCAGGGUAACAGAACAAGGAGUGGAAGAGGAGACCCAGUUUGUUGGCAGUGACAGAGAACAUGGUCACAUACCAGGAUUGGUACAAAAGGAUGUGGAAAUGAAUAUCCCCUUUAAUGAGGCUAUGCUAGACUCCAGCAAUACAGAGAUGAAACCUGAACCUCCUAAUUCUCUAGAUCUUGAUGGAUCCCAUCCUAGAAGAAUAAAGCUCACAGCUCCAAAUAUCAACCUCUCAUUGGACCAGAGUGAAGGAUCUGUCCUUUCUGACGAUAACCUGGACACCCCAGAUGAAAUUGAUAUCAAUGUAGAUGAUCUUGACACACCAGAUGAAGCAGAAUCUUUUGAAUAUGCUGCACAUGGUAAUGAAUUACUUGGAGAAGAAGAGCAGCCAGCUGUUAAUGAUGUUUUCCAAGAGGAAUCAGAAUCUAUCCCAGAAUACACUGCUGAUGAAGAACGAGAAGACAACAGGUUAUGGAGAACAGUUGUCAUCGGAGAACAGGAACAAAGGAUUGAUAUGAAAGCCAUAGAACCUUAUAAAAAGGUCAUUUCUCAUGGAGGAUACUAUGGCGAUGGUCUAAAUGCCAUCAUUGUGUUUGCUGCGUGUUUUCUACCAGACAGCAACCGAGCUGAUUACAACCAUGUCAUGGAAAACCUUUUCCUAUAUGUAAUAAGUACUUUAGAGCUUAUGGUUGCUGAUGACUAUAUGAUUAUCUACUUGAAUGGUGCAACACCAAGAAGAAAGAUGCCAGGACUGGGGUGGAUGAAAAGAUGCUACCAGAUGAUUGACAGGCGGUUAAGGAAGAAUUUGAAAUCCUUCAUAAUUGUUCACCCUUCUUGGUUUAUCAGGACAAUUCUAGCAGUGACACGACCUUUUAUAAGUUCAAAAUUCAGCAGUAAGAUACAAUAUGUCUGCACCUUGGCAGAGCUCAGUGAACUAAUUCCAAUGGAAUUCAUAAAUAUUCCUGAAAGUAUUGCCAAGUUUGAUGAAGACAGGUGCUUUCAGAGACGAGCAAGAGCAAGCUGUCUUUCAAAUGAGCCAGAAGUAACUUCAGCACAGCAGGACACUGAAGUGAAGCUGAAAGAAAAUUCCUAACUUCCUUGGCAGUUUUCAGAAGAGGACUUUUUGACUAUGUGAUUUGCCUAGAGGAUGGGGACAACUUGGCUUCUCUUUUGGGCACAACUUUCCAGGAGCCUCCUAUGCUCA